AUGGAGAAAAACUUAAAAGAAGCUAUAACCUAUAACAAGACUGAAAGGAUAAAAACCUCUGGGGUUCAACGAGAUUCAAUAGGCUUUUUUCUUGGGGAUUAUAUGAAAUAUGUUGGCAAGGAUGCAAAUCCUGAUAGCCUUGGUGUAGAACUGGAAAGGUUGCCAAAGUCCCUUUCUGAAUCUGUGGAAGCUCUUGAGAAAGACACUAUACUGAAGGAUUUGAUUGGCGAAAAGCUUUUGAUUGCUAUAAAAGGGGUUCGUAAGGCAGAGAUCAAAUACUACUCAGAAAAUGAGAAUGCAUACAAGAAACUUAUACACCAGUAUUAG